CGCGGGGCGGCCCCGCCGCGGGGUUAGGGCAGCGCUCCGUCGGCCUUGCUGCCGCCUGCGGCCCCGCCGCCGUCUCCCCCCCAGCGGCAUUCACUCGCAGCGGGCCGAGCGGUCGCCCUGCAGCCAGUGCCGUCAGUAUGAGGAGCAGGAUCUCGCCCGUGCUCUGCCUGGCCGCGGCCCUGGCCUCACUGCUGCCAGCUGCCAGCGCCCGGAGGAGCCAGGACCUCCAUUGCGGAGCAUGUCGGGCAUUAGUGGAUGAGCUGGAGUGGGAGAUUGCCCAGGUCGACCCCAAGAAAACCAUCCAGAUGGGCUCAUUUCGGAUCAACCCUGACGGCAGCCAGUCAGUUGUAGAGGUGCCUUAUGCCCGGUCUGAGGCACAUCUGACCGAGUUGCUGGAGCGGGUGUGCGAGAAGAUGAAGGAAUAUGGGGAGAAAGUAGAUCCAUCCACACAUCGCAAGACUUACGUCCGCGUGAUCUCCCACGAUGGGACCAAGAUGGACCUCUCCGGAGUUAAAAUCGAUGGGGAUGUGGCUUCUAGUCUGAAGUUUGCGUGUGAGAGCAUUGCCGAGGAGUACGAGGAUGAACUCAUUGAAUUCCUCUCCCACGAGGCUGAGAACGUCAAGGACCGGCUCUGCAGCAAGCGGACAGACCUGUGCGACCACGCGCUCCACAUCCCUCACGACGAGCUGUGACGCGGACGCCCCUCGCCGCCUUGGACCAACUGGACCAAAACCUCCCUGACCGUCCCCCUGCUGCCAGCAGCACCUGAGCAACCUGCCUGGAGACAUGAGCCGUCACCAGGGUGGACAGCCCGACGUGAGCUUCGUCCGUAGCUGAUGCUCGUAGCCAUCGGGGAGGAAGCACGUCCCCUACCUCUUUUGUACACCUUGUCUGUGCCCGCUUCCCUGUUCCCUCCCGCAGGAGAUGGACAGACGUGCCCCAAGGAAGACUGCGGCUCUGGAGCUGGGCACGGACACCUCUCCUGGUCUGGUGCUCUCUUGUCCUAUUUAUUUUACUGUCUGUCCACUGUAACCGUGGCGCUAGGAGGGUCGGCAGGGAGCGCAGCAGGGACAAGCAGCCGGGACUCCUGCCGCCCGCUCCACCUCUCCAACGGGGUGUCCUCCGGGGAGGACUCCUGAGCUCCGGGAGGCUGGAGCCCUGCCCCGAGGCCGUGUUCCUGACAGGAGCGUUUCAGUGGCUGCUGGGGGCCAGGGCUCCGAGUUUCCCCACUGCUCCUGCUGCUUUUCCAUGAGCUUGGGCAAUUGGCUCCGUUCUCCUGUCUCCAGGCAGGCUCCAAGCAAGGGACCAUCCUGUGCUGCCACACAAGGGGCUGCAGGCAGGGCUGCUGCCGCAUGGUUAAAUGCAGCCGGGGACGCGGGGAGGGUGCUGGGGCCUCCGGAGCAGCCUGUUACCCCGGUGGGUUUGCUCACUGUUUUCCAAGAGCCUCUUUCCAGGCUGCAGGGCAAUAAACGGUGGCCGUGUGGCGGGCGGGCGCCGCAGGGCCCUGUUGAAAGGG